AAGGACAGAUCAAGAAACCGAUAACCGAAGACUCCAAUUCAGAAGCUUAAUCCAAACCAGAAAAGAAAAAAAAUCUCUGACACGAUCUCGUAACUCCCCUCUUUCUUUCUCCACGAUUCUUAACAGGUGUUCUUCGUGUCCUGUAGUUCUUCUGCUAUCUGCUUUAUUGAUCUCAAUCCGUGGGAUUUCUUUAGUUAUGGGCUUGAUCCCUUGUUGAUUUUGGAGUUGAUCUCUCUUCUCUCUGUCUCGUUGGGUUUGUCGUUGAAUUAUCAGGGUUUCGGUUCUGGGUUUCGUGAAAGCAGCAUCGGAUUCGGUCGUCGGAAGGUAGAGGAAUCUCUAAAGAAUGGUGAAGUGAUGGCAGCUGCUGAAGCAAGAACACUGUGGCAGAGAGCCGUUAACCGUUGCUUUGUACAAGAAGACGCUAAAAGGGCUCCCAAGCUAGCUUGCUGCCAGUCAUCCUCGUCUGCCUCGACCAAGCAGUUCGAUUCUUCUGGAUCUACUGGAACAGCUCCUGACCUGCAUGAUCAGUCUUCUGCGUGUUUCAUGCCUCUAAACAGAAACCCUCGAUUCCCCGAUCUUCCACCCGAUACAAGAUGGUGGGCUCACAUUCAACCUGGCUACCCAGACAGGAAGGAUCUCGUGAAGGAUCAGAUGAGGCCAUUGGAGGCUAAUGCCGACAUUCCAGGUGAAGGGUCUGCUACCGUAAUAAGGUCACCUUCCAAAGAUGACUGUAGCUUUGGUCCAGAGGACGAUCAAGGCCGCCCCCGCUGCAAAAAGCGAAAUCCUGGAACAGGAGAGAAUGAAGUAGAGGCUUUGACAUGCGAGAACUUUCAAGAAUACAUCGAGUUGAUUGGAUAUGAACCUUCCAAAAAGUCGAAUGAGCUCUCGUUUGAUAUGGGAUCACCGUGGAAUCUUUCGAGCGAGAAAGCUGAGCCGUGGUGGCGGACGACUACAGAUAAAGAUGAAUUGGCUUCCUUGGUUGCACAAAAGUCGCUAGACUAUGUCGAGAACUGUGAUCUUCCAACACCACAGAAAAUUCACAAGAAGAGACCCUCUUAUGACAGUCCACGCUGUUUCAACAGUGAUGGAUUAUCAUCUUUGGACUGUGAUUCCCGUGCUGGUCAUGUUCGUGACCCAACCAUGCAUGGCCAUGGCCAACAAUGGGCUGCAACCAGAGAUGGGCAUGAGCAAUCUAGCUCUGAGAAAUCUUUCAGCCUAAAGGACAGAACAGAGAAGCAAUCACAGGCUUCAUCUGAUGGGUCUGGACUGAGCAAGGAAGAGCUCUUAGAAGCCAUACGCCAUUCUCAAACGCGUGCAAGGGAAGCAGAGAAGGCAGCACAAGAAGCCAAGAAAGAGAAGGAGCACCUCAUGGAACUCUUAUUCAGACAAGCCUCCCAGAUUUUCGCGUACAAGCAAUGGUUCCAACUGCUUCAGCUGGAAGAACUCUGCCUGCAGGCCAAGAAGAAGAAGGACCCACUUCCAUGGAAGCAUUGGGAAGGGAGAAAACAGAGGAAGAAAUGGAACAAGGAACACGGAGGCAAAAGGGCUGCUAAACAAAACCACCACGUGCUGUUUGCGUUAGGGUUGAGUCUUGUUGGUGCAGGUUUGCUUCUUGGAUGGACCAUCGGAUGGAUGAUACCUUUCUAGAGAGAGAGAGAGGGACUCUGUGUAUAGAUUUGAUAUGAUAUGGAAAUGAGUAUGAGAGAUUUGCUUUGGGAUUCGAUCAAAUUGGUCUGAUGGGUCCACCCACAUGUUGUUGUAAGAAUUUAGUUGAGAUUAUGUCUCUGAAAUCUGAAUCCUCCUCCAGUUCUGUCUCUU